AUGCUGUCUACAACAACUGCUCGGAUUUCUCGUGUCGGCCUGUCAGCUCGAACGCGACCGCUGACACGAACGCUGUACACUACACCUCGUAUACUCUCUGCACGACCUGACACAGUGUCGGGCCUGCGCGAGGACCGAUCUCACGGUCCGACCCCGGGCGCUCAUCCAUCACCAGAGAUCAACGUUGCGCGAACACGCUCGACGCUUCGCGUCCUCGUACCCUCAGUAGCGCUCAUGGUCGGAUUCAUCGGCUGGUGGUUCCUCGGCCACAACGACCGUGAUCACCGCAAAGAUACCAUCGACGUCGGCCCCGACGGUUUCAACAAGUUGAAAGGCAGCAAAGCUCGUGCUGCUCAACAGCUCAAGGACGGCAUCAGGAACAGCGAUGGCAGUCUGAACGCCUAA